AUGGAAACAAGAUCUGCCAAGAGAAGGAAGGUUUUGUUUGCAGAAAACUGUGAAGCUCCUAACAACAAUAAUGGCAUUGAUCGGAUCAGUGAUCUCCCUGAUGAUAUCCUCCACCACAUUCUCUUCCUUCUUCCCAUUAAAUCCAUUGCUCAAACUAGCGUCUUGGCUAAACGCUGGAGAUCUCUUUGGUCCUCGUUCCCUGAUCUCGACUUCACCACCAUUAAUACCACCUCCACUUCUCUAAUAACAAACAUUAGCACCACAAGAAGAUCACCACAUUCUCUAUCAAUGGACUUCAUUCCUCAGGUUUUAGCACUUCGUGAUAAGCAUUCUGAUCUAAGGACCCUUCGGUUUCGUGCUCGUUUGAGCUUUUCAGGUCUCAAUGGUUUGAUCCGUUGUGCAAUAAGACAUAAUGUACAAGAACUUGACGUAGAGGUAGCCACCGAAGAUUACUUCAAUUUCCCUCGUGGGGCAAUCACAAGCGAAUCUUUAAGAGUUUUUAAACUGAAAUCCAGAUAUCCUGGGUUCAGAUUGCUUCCUUCUUCAUUGAUGACUGGUGGGUUUCGAUCGCUCCACACAUUGUCUCUUUCUCUUGUCAUUUUAUAUGAACAAUCCUCUCUCUUGGAUUUAUUCACUGAAUCAUCAUUUCCUCGUCUUAAGAAACUAAAUCUUGAUGCUUGUUUUGGGAUGAAACAUCUUAAGGUUAGUUGUCGAGCCCUAGAAGAUUUAACCUUGGAGAAUUGCUUUCAGCUUUAUGGUUUGGAUAUUUGUUGCGUAAAAUUAGAGAAACUGAGAGUUACAAGCUGCUUUGAUGCAUACUAUGAUGACAGUUUGGUUCAAAUUAAUGCCCCACGACUUAGAAUUAUUUUAUGGGAGUAUAAUGCAAUUACCGGUACAAGUUGUUUGCAGAAUUUAACAUCCCUUUGUGAAGCAUCAGUUGGUUUUUUUCUACUUCAUGAAGAUAUUAGUAUGGAAAAGCUUCAAAGUGUAUGUGAUCUUUUAUCUGGAUUAUCUCAUGCCCACAGUUUAACCCUUGAAAGCCAAUGUAUCGAGAUCUUGUCCAGCUUGAAGAACUCAUCUCAUUUUCUCCAUCCAUUUAAUAAUAUUAAAAUAUUGGAGUUGCAUACUGAUUUCAACAAAAAUAUUGUACCUGGGUUGGCUUCCAUAUUUAGAAGCUCUCCGAUAUUGCACACUCUUAUUCUCAGAAUUGUCAAUGAUUACAAGAUUGAAAGAAGACAGUGGAAUAGAGAUUUGUGGGAUAUGUCUACCUCUAAGGAAGAGCAAUAUUGGGAAUCUCAAAUUCAAACUUUGAAGCCCUUCCUAAGCCACCUUAAGGUAGUAAAGAUUCAUGGGUUUUUAGAAUGUGAGAAUGAAGUUAGUUUAGCAAAAUUUUUGCUCAAACAUGGAAAGAACUUGCAAGAAAUGACUCUUUGCACAGCACACUGCAACUAUAGAGAUUCUCUUCGACGACAAAAAGUUAGGUCACAAAUGAUGGGAUUCUCUUGGGCUUCUUCUAAUGCUAAAAUUGCUUUUCAAUGA